AUGAGUGCGCAGAACAUCGUGUCGGCUUUGAGUGAUUUAGUUGCAAAUAAUUUAACCGUUACACAGCCGUCUCCAAUUACACGACAAGAGCGACAAAUGGCCGAACAUGCUGAUAUAGUUAAAUUAAUGGCAAGUGGACAAAGAGCCGAUUAUGUCGAAAAGACAACUUUAGAAUUUGGUGAUUUUACUGCUGAUGAAGAGAGCGAAGGAGAGGAGGAUCCCAUGGCUGUCGAGAAGGAGGGUGAAGAAAUGGACUUGAUAGAAAUGGAAAUGGUUGAAUACUGGCGAGAUAAUUGUUUUUUGCCGUUAAUUGGUGCUAAAUGUCUGUUACUCUCUACCCAGGACAAAGUCGCGAGGAAAUCUACCUUCCUCAAAACUGCAAGGGAAACACGUGACACAUUUGCAAAUUCCGCAAAACACAACUGCCGACCUGCAACCAUUAGACUGUUAUUUUAA